GCAGGGGUGAAGGAGGAGCGCGCCGAGCGAAGGGCACAGCCGGGCGCGCCGAGACGAGCCCGCGGACGCGCCGGACGCCCGCCCUGCCCGUCCCCUGGCGGCCGCCGUGCGGCGCGCGGACGACCCGGAGCAGCCCCUGGACAAUGUCACUUGGCUGAGGACCGUGACACAGUGGCCGGGAGCCCAGUGGCCUCCACCCACCCGCCUCUGUCCGCCCCGCCGAGAGGCCGCCCGCAGCCGAGGGACCGCAGGUAGCCAAAGGCCCCCGAGCACAGAGCGAUGAGCGUGGGGGGCCGCACCGACGCCCCCGUCCCCCCCCUCACGGACACCACCAGCCCGGUCUCGUCCUCCUUCUCCACCGUGGACUAUGUGGUCUUCGUCCUGCUCCUGGUCCUGUCUCUCGCCAUCGGUCUCUACCAUGCGUGCCGGGGCUGGGGCCGGCACACCAUGGGCCAGCUGCUGAUGGCGGACCGCAAAAUGGGCUGCCUGCCAGUGGCCCUGUCCCUGCUGGCCACCUUCCAGUCCGCCGUGGCCAUCCUGGGGGUGCCGUCGGAGAUCUACCGGUUCGGGACGCAGUACUGGUUCCUGGGCUGCUCGUACCUCCUGGGGCUGCUCAUCCCCGCCCACGUCUUCAUCCCCAUCUUCUACCGCCUGCAUCUCACCAGCGCCUAUGAGUACCUAGAGCUGCGGUUCAACAAGGCCGUGCGGAUGUGCGGCACCGUGACCUUCAUCUUCCAGAUGGUGAUCUACAUGGGCGUGGUCCUCUACGCCCCGUCCCUGGCCCUCAAUGCAGUCACUGGGUUUGACCUCUGGAUGUCAGUGCUAACCCUGGGCAUCGUCUGCACCAUCUACACUGCUCUGGGAGGGCUGAAGGCCGUCAUCUGGACAGACGUGUUCCAGACGCUCGUCAUGUUCCUGGGCCAGCUCACCGUCAUCAUCGUGGGCUCGGCCAAGGUGGGCGGCCUGGGGCGUGUGUGGGAGGUGGCCUCCCAGCACGACCUCAUCGCCGGGCUCGAUCUCAACCCGGACCCCUUCGUGAGACACACUUUCUGGACGCUGGCGUUCGGGGGCGUCUUCAUGAUGCUGUCCCUGUACGGGGUCAACCAGGCGCAGGUGCAGCGGUACCUCAGCUCGCGCACAGAGAAGGCAGCCGUGCUGUCCUGCUACGCCGUGUUCCCCUGCCAGCAGGUGGUGCUGUGCAUGGGCUGCCUCAUCGGGCUGGUCAUGUUUGCCUACUACCGCCAGUUCCCCAUGAGCCCCCAGCAGGCGCAGGCGGCCCCCGACCAGUUUGUCCUGUACUUCGUGAUGGACCUUCUGAAGGGGCUGCCGGGCUUGCCGGGUCUCUUCGUCGCCUGCCUGUUCAGCGGUUCCCUCAGCACCAUCUCGUCGGCUUUUAACUCGCUGGCGACUGUCACGAUGGAGGACCUGAUCCGACCGUGGUUCCCCGAGUUCUCUGAAGCCCGGGCCACCAUGCUGUCCCGCGUCCUCGCGUUCAGCUACGGGCUGCUGUGCCUGGGCAUGGCCUACCUCUCCUCCCACAUGGGCCCGGUGCUGCAGGCCGCCAUCAGCAUCUUCGGCAUGGUCGGGGGCCCGCUGCUCGGACUCUUCUGCCUGGGCAUGUUCUUCCCGUGUGCCAACCCUCCUGGCGCCAUCGUGGGCCUGCUGGCCGGCCUCGUCAUGGCCUUCUGGAUCGGCAUCGGGAGCAUCGUGGCCCACAUGGGCUCCAGCGGGGCCCCCACACUCCCCAACGCCACCAGCCUCCCACUGCCCGGCAACCUGACCGCCGUCACCAUGACCACCCUGAUGCCCACCACCAGCCAGCCCAGGCCCACGGGGCUGCAGCGCUUCUACGACCUGUCCUACAUGUGGUACAGCGCCCACAACUCCACCACCGUCAUCCUGGUGGGCCUGGCCGUCAGCCUGCUCACGGGGGGGAUGCGGGGCCGCACCUUGAACCCCCGGACCAUCUACCCGGUGUGGCCCCGCCUCCGGGCCCUCCUGUCCUGUCAGAAGAAACUCCACUGCGGAGACUGCGUCCAGGAGGACCUCUCCAUGGACAGUGCCAUGUUCCCCGAGAAGAUGAGUAACGGGACGCUGCGGGACAGCGGCAAGAAGGAGCCCGUGACGCGGGCACCCGCGGGCCCCGCGGGCCAGCCGGCCAGCAGUCCCACCUUCGUCCUCCAGGAGACCUCACUGUGAUGGGGACGGGCCGCCGCUGCAUCUGCAGCCCCGGGAUGGGCCUGCCGCGGGCAGUGCGGGGCUGGCUCUGCCCGUCCUGGCCGGCGCCAGCUGCCGGGCCGCCGUGGCUCCCUGUCUUCCCCCACGGACACACUGUCAGCCCCCAGGGUGGCGGGAUCCCAUGCUGGUGUCUGUGACACCCAGGCCCCUCCCUGUCUGUCUACCUCCGUUCCCGAGAGGGGGGCCUGGGGUCCCCGAGAGGCCUUCGGGAGAGGCAGGCGCACCCAGCUCCUUAGCGGCCGCCGGGGGACUGGCCGGCCGCCCCCUCCUCCGUGCCUGUGUCCCCGCAGCCUCCUGCCCACACGCCCUUGUUCCUGGGGAAU